AGUCAAGCGGAAAGAGCAGGGGUUGAGUGGGGGAACCUUCUGUCGAUGGGUCAGAGUCCAGGGUAGAAGCAGAGAGAGAGAGAGAGAGGAAGGAAGGAUCCAGGAGUCACCAUGAUCUACACCAUCCGUCCGUGGGCUGUCCGGGAUGUGAAGGAGGUCAUGCGGCUAAUUAGGGAAGCCGCCGCUUUUCACAAAGCUUUGGACCAAGUGAAAACCACCCCAGAAGAUUUCGUAAAAGAUGGUUUUGAGAAGGAUGCUACUUUUGGGUGUGUUGUGGCCGAGGUGCCCCCCGAGGCAAAGAGCAAAGAAGGUCACACCCUUAUCGGAUACCAAUUCCACUACCUGACGUACUGUACCUGGGACGGUCCUAUUCUUUUUGGGGAAGACCUGUACGUGGCACCAGACUUCAGAGGUAAAGGUGUUGGUACGAGUUUGCUGAAUAAAGCAGCCAAGAUUGCCCUGGAGAAAGGAUGCUCCCAGUUCCGGUUCAUCUCGACCAAAUGGAACCAGCCAGCCUUGGAUUUCUUCACCAAGCGGGGGGCUGUGAACGUCACAGCCUGUGACCACUGGGAACUGUGCCACUAUGAGGGGGAGCACGUGCGGAAGUUGGCGGAGUACAUGAGAAAAUAGCAGCCAACAGAGAUGGCAACAGUGGCUGGCUUCAGCAACUCCGAGGAUCUUAGUUUAUCCCCUUUCCCAACUUUCUGCGCCCUCUUUCCC